CCCCAAACAGAGUCACCAGUGAUGGUGUGCACAGAGUGGAGCCCUGCACGACUGCUUAGCACAGCAGAGCUGGUAGCUGUGCUUGCUGGUGGGCGGCAGUGAACCUCAGGACCGCAGCGUCUCACUCCAAGAGGAAACAUGUCUAAAAAGGGCCGCAGCAAGGGCGAGAAGCCCGAGACGGAGACGGACUCUGUGCAGAUGGCCAAUGAAGAGCUACGGGCCAAGCUGACCAACAUCCAGAUCGAGUUCCAGCAGGAGAAGAGCAAGGUGGGGAAGCUGCGGGAGCGUCUGCAAGAGGCCAAGCUGGAGCGCGAGCAGGAGCAGCGUCGCCACACGGCCUACAUCUCGGAACUCAAGGCCAAGCUGCACGAGGAGAAGACGAAGGAACUGCAGGCGCUGCGCGAGGCGCUCAUCAGGCAGCACGAGCAGGAGGCAGCGCGGACCGCCAAGAUCAAGGAAGGUGAGCUGCAGCGGCUGCAGGCCACGCUGAAUGUGCUGCGCGAUGGCGCCGCGGACAAAGUCAAGACUGCAUUGCUGGCCGACGCGCGGGAGGAGGCGCGCAGGACCUUUGAUGGCGAGCGCCAGCGGCUGCAGCAGGAGAUCCUGGAGCUGAAGGCUGCACGCAAACAGGCAGAAGAGGCACUCAGCAACUGCAUGCAGGCGGACAAGGCCAAAGCCGCGGACCUGCGCGCUGCGUACCAGGCGCACCAGGAUGAGGUGCACCGCAUCAAGAGGGAGUGUGAACGAGACAUCCGCAGACUGAUGGACGAGAUCAAAGGAAAGGAGCGAGUGAUCCUGGCCCUGGAGAAGGAGCUUGGUGUGCAGGCCGGGCAGACCCAGCGGCUGCUAUUACAGAAGGAGGCUCUGGAUGAGCAGCUGGUGCAGGUCAAGGAGGCAGAACGCCACCACAGCAGCCCAAAGAGGGAGCUUCCUCCUGGCAUUGGUGACAUGGCGGAGCUUAUGGGUGGCCAGGAUCAACAUAUGGACGAGCGAGAUGUGAGGCGGUUUCAACUGAAAAUUGCUGAACUGAAUUCAGUGAUUCGCAAGCUGGAAGACAGGAACACCCUGCUGGCGGAUGAAAGGAACGAACUGCUAAAGCGCUCUCGGGAGACGGAGGUGCAGCUGAAGCCGCUGGUGGAGAAGAACAAACGCAUGAACAAAAAGAAUGAGGACCUGCUGCACAGCAUCCAGAGGAUGGAGGAGAAACUCAAGAGCCUCACGAGGGAGAACGUGGAGAUGAAAGAAAAGCUGUCUGCUCAGGCCUCACUAAAGCGACACACAUCCCUCAAUGACCUCAGUCUGACCAGAGAUGAGCAGGAGAUAGAAUUCCUGAGGCUGCAGGUGCUGGAACAGCAGCAUGUCAUUGAUGACCUCUCUCUGGAAAGAGAGCGCCUGCUGCGCUCCAAGAGGCAUCGAGGGAAGAGCCUGAAGCCCCCCAAGAAGCAUGUUGUGGAGACAUUUUUUGGAUUUGAUGAAGAGUCCGUGGACUCUGAAACAUUGUCAGAGACAUCCUACAACACAGACAGGACAGACCGGACCCCAGCCACGCCUGAAGAGGACUUGGAUGAGACCACAACCAGAGAAGAGGCUGACCUGAGGUUCUGCCAGCUGACCAGGGAGUACCAGGCUCUGCAGAGGGCUUAUGCCCUGCUUCAGGAGCAGGUUGGGGGGACACUGGAUGCUGAGAGGGAGGCCCGGACUCGGGAACAGCUUCAGGCUGACCUGCUGAGGUGCCAGGCCAAAAUCGAGGACUUAGAGAAGCUGCUGGUUGAGAAGGGACAGGAUGCUGCGUGGGUAGAGGAGAAACAGGUACUCAUGAGGACAAACCAGGACCUGCUGGAAAAGAUUUACAGGCUGGAGAUGGAGGAGAACCAGCUAAAGAGUGAAAUGCAAGACGCCAAGGACCAGAACGAGCUGUUAGAAUUCAGAGUGCUAGAACUCGAAGUAAGAGACUCUAUCUGUUGUAAGCUCUCAAAUGGAGCAGACAUUCUCUUUGAGCCCAAACUGAAAUUCGUGUAAAGCUCCCUGCCAUUUCCAAGCAUGUGUGAAGGGACGUGUUACCGUUUCUCUCCUUCCUUCCUCCGUUCUUUUCUUCUUCCUCUUUUUAAAAAAGAAUCUGUAUGUUCGGGAUAACUUCACUGCCUUAAUGUGUCCUGGGGAGGAUGCUCGCGACGUCUGUGGACCUGUACCAGAGCAAUCUAUUUAUUGCCUACCGCUUGUUUUGCACUUAAUAAAAUAAGUUGUUUUUGCAAUA